ACACGGUUAUUCAAGGUUCAGAAACAGAUUGUGAAGCCUUUAUUAUAUGAUUGCAAAUGGCUUGGAAUUUAGGAAUAGAAUUGUGCUGGUGUAUACUCGUCAGUUGUAUUGCUACGGAUGCGUUCAGCCUAAAUCAACAGAAUAUAAACGAGCCCUUGAAAAUACAUCAUUAUAUGACAAGGAGGGAAAUGCGAACAUAUUUUGGAGUUGACGCACAUGAAAAAGUUCCCGAGUAUGAAGUUACAAGUCCGUUCCAAGUGGAUGAAUCUGGUAACUUUCUCAGCAAUAAGCUGCACGAGCAUGCGCGUCGAAAGAGAGGCACCAAUCAUGACGAACCACACCUUUGGUACUAUCAAGUGCAGGCAUUCGGUAUGUCACUUCAUUUGAAUCUCACUAAAAAUAGCAAUCUCUUGGUACCCGGCCUGGUGGUUGAAAAGAUAAAUAAAAAUGGCAACAAAGAAUACAGUGACUUUCCGCACACCGCCUUCUACGCUGGACAUGUGACUUCAGAUCCUAAUUCAGUGGUUGCUAUUAGCAACCAUGAUGGACUGAAAGGAAUCAUCAAACAUUUUGGAAGUUCUUUCUUUAUGCAACCGUUACCUUCCCAUCUCGCACGGUACCAUGGGGUUUCUAGCGGAUCUCAGCCGCAUCUCAUUUUCCGGCGAUCUUUGGACAAUGAAAAGAGCAGAUGUGAAGUUAUGGAAACACGAUCAAAAAGGAGUUCAUCGUUGGAAAAGGAAACAAGCAGAAGCUUCUCGAGUUCUAGAAAAUCAAGAUCGGCCCCAGACAAACAUCUAGAAGUUCUUCUGGUCGCUGAUCACCUUUAUCUGAGUAAAUUCUCCAGCGAUAAAGAAGCCACGGAUCUGCUUUUAACGCUGGCUAACAUUGUUAAUGCAAUGUAUCACGACAAAAGCAUUGGGGAUAUCAAAGUCACCAUCUCUGUUGUGCGGAUAGUACUGCUUCAUCGGGGCGUGAGUAUCGUUGGCAUAACAGCAUGCACAUGUCAGGAAAUGACUAAACGCAUGGCUCAAAGCGGAUCAACGUGCGUAAAGCAUAGAUAUGGAGCAAGUGUAAGCAAUGGUGACCUGGGACUAGCGACUGCAUUAAUCUUGGCUCACGAAAGUGCACACGCCCUUGGUGUUGGUCAUGACGGUAAGGAAGAAGAUUGUCCGGACGACACGUUCAUCAUGUCCACCACCACAGCAAAGGGGAAAGAUGCCUUCAGGUGGUCUCCCUGCAGUAGGGCUACAUUGCAGUCGUUCCUAAGUGGUUCAUCUUCGUCUUGUCUGGACGACCACCCUGAAAAACCUGUUUUGGGAUCAAGAGCCAAUCAUAAUAAAUUACCUGGUCAAGUGUACGACGGCGAUGCACAAUGCGCACUUCAGUUUGGUGCCAGCUAUAAAUUGUGUCCAAAGAUGAGGUCGAAUUGCAUCUCUUUGUAUUGUACAAAGGACGGCGGUACCUCUUGUGUGAGUAGCGUUGUGCAACAGGCAGAUGGUUCUAAAUGCGGUGAUAGACAGUGGUGCAUUAAAGGAGAAUGUGUUGAUGACGGAUCGCCGAUGACUGACGGAGGGUGGAGUCAGUGGUCAAGCUAUGGACAAUGUUCAUAUUCCUGUGGUGGGGGUGCACAGUACAGAACACGAACUUGUACUAAUCCCCCACCCCAAAAUGGAGGCAUGGAUUGCGAAGGGGAGAGUGUAGGACAUUGGAGAAUAUGUAAUCCAGAGGCUUGUCCAGAGGGAACACCAACCCACCGAGAGGCACAGUGUACCUCUAAAUGGUCCGGAUCAGCUCCAUAUGAGUUAUCCGGUAGACAUCCCUGUGAACUGCUCUGUAAGUAUGGCCUCAAAGUCCAGCCAUUUGGAACAGUAAAAGAUGGAACACGAUGUCGCCUGGACAGUAAAAUUAAAGAUGUUUGUAUCGAAGGCAAAUGCAAGUCCGUUGGCUGUGACAAUAUCCUGGAAUCUGGUGUGAAGUAUGAUCGCUGUAAAGUUUGUAACGGAGACAGUACAACCUGCAAGAAGGUCUUCGGUAAAGUACUAACGCCUUGUAAAGGAAGUUGCACAGUUUUGGACGUUCCUGUCGGCGCAACAAAUAUAACGGUCAAUGAAGAAGUGGAAGACUGGAAUUUUCUAGGUGUAAAAGAUGGAUCUGGAAAAGACGUAUACCCGGUGAUGUAUACAUGGAGUACAUCUAAACACGCUGCGGGGACUAUUGUGUAUUAUUAUCACGAAAAGAACCAGGACGCUGAUAGAGUCUUCAUUCCUGGACCAACCAAUGGACAUCUUGAAGUCUACGUAAGAUUCCUUUCCUCUAAAAGGUUUUAUCUAUAUAUUUCAAUGAAACUCUCAUCGAAUUGCAUCUCAUUGUAUUGUACAAAGGACGGCGGUACCUCUUGUGUAAGUAGUGUUGUGCAACAGGCAGAUGGUUCAAAAUGCGGUGAUAGACAGUGGUGCAUUAAAGGAGAAUGUGUUGAUGACGGAUCGCCGAUGACUGACGGAGGGUGGAGUCAGUGGUCAGGCUAUGGACAAUGUUCAUAUUCCUGUGGGGGUGGUGUACAGUACAGAACACGAACUUGCACUAACCCCCCACCACAAAAUGGAGGCAUGGAUUGCAAAGGGGAGAAUGUAGGACAUUGGAGAAUAUGCAAUCCAGAGGCUUGUCCAGAGGGAACACCAACCCACCGAGAGGCACAGUGCACCUCUAAAUGGUCAAGAUCAGCUCCAUAUGAGUUAUCUGGAAGACAUCCCUGUGUGUUGCUCUGUAAGUAUGGCUCCAAAGUCCAGCCAUUUGGAAACGUAAAAGAUGGAACACGAUGUAGCCUGGACAGUAAAAUUAAAGAUGUUUGUAUCGAAGGCAAAUGCAAGUCCGUUGGCUGUGACAAUAUCCUGGAAUCUGGUGUGAAGUACGAUCGCUGUAAAGUUUGUAACGGAGACGGUACAACCUGCAAAAAGGUCUUCGGCAAAGUACUAACGCCUUGUAAAGGAAGUUGCACAGUUUUGGACGUUCCUUUCGGCGCAACAAAUAUAACGGUCAAUGAAGAAGUGGAAGACUGGAAUUUUCUGGGUGUAAAAGAUGGAUCUGGAAAAGACGUAUACCCGGUGAUGUAUACAUGGAGUACAUCUAAACACGCUGCGGGGACUAUUGUGUAUUAUUAUCACGAAAAGAACCAGGACGCUGAUAGAGUCUUCAUUCCUGGACCAACCAAUGGACAUCUUGAAGUCUACUACAAGCAAUUUGUUGCAAGGCAACCAGUGGAUUUCACGCUAAACAAACCUUCCGGCGAUAAGCAUUUAAAACCAGGAGCAGCUAAGUGGGUUAUUGGCGAAUGGAGUGUAUGCACUCACUCAUGUGCAGGAGGAGUUCAAACGAGAACGGUGGAAUGCAUCUUACAAUCAGAUUUGACUUAUUUAAAUGAUGCUGUUUGCCAAAAAACGACUCAAAAACCCUCCCAUCAACUGGAUUGUAACACACAGGGCUGUCCUCCUACUUGGUACGUAUCCGGAUGGCGUCCAUGUUCUAGGACAUGUGGUAAAGGACAGCAAACACGCCAAGUUAUUUGUCGGCAAGAGGUAACCAGAGGAAAAUUUCAAACACUAUCCGACUCCGAGUGCACUGGCAAUAAACCGUCUGACCCAGUGUCACGUGACUGCAAUAAGAUAGACUGCCCUGCUGAAAACAUUCCAGGAGAUUGGUCAGCUUGUUCCACAUCAUGUGGAGCGGGAAUCAAAACCAGGAAAAAGUCUUGUCAGCGAAUGAAAGAGACCGGUGUGUUUGAGCCUGUUCCGGACGUCAUGUGCGCGACAUCGACUGAUCCUCCCCUACAAGAAGGUUGCAAUCAGGAUGUAAAAUGUCCAGGUGAUCGAACGUACGAACCAUUAGGAUGUUUCAAGGAUGGUAGCCCUAGAGCCCUGCCACAACUAAUCAAAAACUUUAGGAAGGGUAUUAACUGGCAUGACAUGUCCGAGAUUGUGGAGAAAUGCGCUAAUGCGACAGCGGAGACAGAUCCCAGCCUGGAGGUGUUUAGCCUUCAAUUCUAUGGUGAAUGCUUCUCGGGUUCCAAUGGUACAAAGACGUACGAUACAUACGGUGCCCUGCCUUACGGUGAAGAUAACUUUUAUUACUGUUGGGAAGGAGUGGGACGUAAACAUAUCAAUUUUGUGUACAAGUUUGUUGACUAAACUGGAUUGCACUGAUGAUUAAGUCUCUCCAACUACGAUGUAAAGACUAAACAAACAAGAUCAGAGAAAAACUGACGAACUAUUGCUAAAAAUAUCAAUCACCUAACCUAACAGUUUAAAUAGUUACGAAAAAUUUGGGAUCCUUUUUCUUUUGUUUGCAAAUAAGACUUACUGUUAAGAUAUCAUGGGUGAAAUAUUAAAUUGUCUACAUCAGCAAAGAUUGUCACCUUCUCUGUUCUCUUGCUCCUUCUAUUUUAGCUUUUGGGUGGC